AUGUUUAAAAAUCUGAAAGAGAAACAUGCGGGUUUAUUCGAGUCGAAACAACCUGAGAACUCCAAGAGCAAUGACGGCCAGGAUCUGACGUCAAUCCUCGACCGGUCGCAACGUGCCGACCUCACCGUGCUGGUCGCUGAAAUUGCUGAAUCCAUGCGCGUUGGCCUUUUAGAGGUCUUUGAAGUUCCUCAAAAGGUGUCUCCAAAUGAUACACCCGAAAGUCAACCCCCAAUUCGCGAGCAGAGUGAUGAAUCUACGCCAUCAGCACCUUCCAGGCCCCAGGAUACUUCGCCUUCGGACAAGGCAGUGAAGCGAAAGCCAGCCCCAGUCCCAGCCCCAGCCCCUGAAAAGGCAGCAUUCCCACCUCACGCCAGAGCAGCAGCUCUAUCGCAAUUUGAAGACUGGCGAGAUGCUGUGUUGCUGCGGAUUGGCGAAGUUGUCAAUAAAGAUGAUGAGAAUGAACAACAGCGACAGGGCAACUCAUCCCCGGAAGGUUCGGAAAGCCUUCAAUUGAAUGAAGAUUCGAAGAGAAAGGAGAAAUUGCGCGAGAUCUACCAUCCUAUGGAAACACCUCUACUUCAUCUUCCGAAGUCGACUAGAUUACUUAUUCUACAUUCUCUUCUCUUGUUGUUACUCAGUUUGAAGCAUUAUAGCGCCCAUUCCCGGGUUCUGUUGCUUCAUGUCUCAUCCAGUCUGGAUAUUGACGUCGAUAUCCUCAACGAAGAUGAGGUCAAGGUUGCUCGGGGCCUUCUCGAUACUGCUUUGGCUCUUGCUUCGGAGCCAGACGCCAAAACACAAGCCAAGAAGCCCGACAAUUCCCGGAAAUGGAAAGUCGGGAUCGCCUCAGUUGCAGGUGCUGCUCUCAUUGGCAUUACUGGUGGCCUUGCCGCGCCAUUAGUAGCUGCUGGGCUGGGGACAGUCAUGGGUGGAUUGGGACUUGGUGCGACUGCGGCUGCUGGCUAUCUGGGCGCUCUGGCUGGCAGCGGUGUCGUUGUUGGCGGUCUCUUUGGUGCCUAUGGAGGACGAAUGACUGGUCGUAUGAUGGAUAACUACGCGCGUGAGGUGGAUGACUUUGCUUUCAUUCCGAUUCGAGGAUCACGAAAGCGGACGGAAAAAGAAACCGAAUCUGCGAAACAGGACCAUCGACUCAGAGUCACUAUUGGAGUCACAGGAUGGUUGAAGGAGGAAGAAAAUUUUGUGGUCCCAUGGCGAGUAAUUGGUGCAGACUCUGAAGUGUUUGCGCUCCGCUGGGAGACGCAGCCGCUGUUGAAACUUGGGAAUGCGAUAUCUGCGCUCGUCACCAGUACAGCUUGGUCUGUUGCCGGGCGGGAGGUUCUUGCUCGCACUGUUUUCUCAACCCUUAUGAGUGCCGUGAUGCUUCCUCUUGGCUUGGUGAAGGUUGCUGGAAUUGUCGACAACCCAUUUAGCGUUGCCAAAGCCCGGGCUGAUAAAGCAGGCGAAGUCCUAGCUGAUGCGUUGAUCGACAAAGUUCAAGGCGAGCGGCCUGUCACUUUGAUCGGAUACUCUUUGGGCUCACGUUUGAUUUUCUCUUGUCUCCAGAGCUUGUCGAAAAGAGGCGCGUAUGGCUUGGUUGAGAAUGUGAUCUUGAUGGGCUCUCCAACACCAUCAAAUGGUGAGCAUUGGCGCCGCAUUCGCAGCGUCGUUAGUGGGCGAGUUGUCAAUGCUUUCUCCGAGAACGAUAAUGUACUGGCCUUCCUGUAUCGAACGAGCAGUCUUCAGCUUGGUGUUGCCGGGCUACAGCCUGUCCAGAACGUAUCAGGUGUUGAGAAUAUCGAUGUGAGCGAUAUGAUCAGCGGCCAUCUCCGAUAUCAAUUCUUGCUCGGAAAGAUAAUUUCUUCCAUUGGUCUUCAGGAUCUUGAUAUUAGCGAGAUUGAACGCGAGGAGGCUGCUCUAGCAGCGGAAGAUGAGAAGCAACAGCAGGAAAUAAUCCAAAAUGAGCGUGAGGCUGGUGUGAAAGACCGCAGUUCAUCCACUGCCCAAGAGACCCUGAAAAGCCAAGAAGGGUUCGGAGAAGAGACUCGAAUGAAAGAGCAGGUUGAGAGCCAUACUGAAGAACAUAUGACAAAUCAUCGGAUUCAAAUGCUGGACCUGGAUGAUGCGGAUUAUUCCUCUCCGCUGGCUGAUCAAGCAGGAAAGCACUCUGCUCUGUAA